AUGCACGUGCUUAUACAAGCAACGCUGCACGUGCUUAUACAAGCAACGCUGCACGUGCCUGUACAAGCAACGCUGCACGUGCCUGUACAAGCAACGUGUUUGCACGUGUCUGUACAAGCAACGCUGCACGUGCCUGUACAAGCAACGCAGCACGUGCCAGUACAAGCAACGCUGCACGUGCCUGUACAAGCAACGCAGCACGUGCCUGUACAAGCAACGCUGCACGUGCCUGUGCAAGCAACGCUGCACGUGCCUGUACAAGCAACGUGUUUGCACGUGUUUGUACAAGCAACGCUGCACGUGUCUGUACAAGCAACGCUGCACGUACCUGUACAAGCAACGCAGCACGUGCCUGUACAAGCAACGCUGCACGUGUCUGUACAAGCAACGCAGCACGUGUCUGUACAAGCAACGCUGCACGUGCCUGUACAAGCAACGCUGCACGUGUCUGUACAAGCAACGUGUUUGCACGUGUCUGUACAAGCAACGCUGCACGUGUCUGUACAAGCAACGCAGCACGUGCCUGUACAAGCAACGCUGCACGUGCCUGUACAAGCAACGCAGCACGUGCCUGUACAAGCAACGAUGCACGUGUCUGUACAAGCAACGCUGCACGUGUCUGUACAAGAAACGCUGCACGUGCCUGUACAAGCAACGCAGCACGUGCCUGUACAAGCAACGCUGCACGUGCCUGUACAAGCAACGCAGCACGUGCCUGUACAAGCAACGCUGCACGUGUCU